UUUAUACUAUACUUUGUGAGUUUGAAUUUAGAUUACUUGACCUUUUGAUUUGAGAGUGAUUAACUUUUGAAUUGAAUUGUUAUAGAGUUCAGCUAGUUUGUAAUUAUUAUCUAAGCUUAGUGUAGGAAGUUAAAAUUAAGCUAGCGCUUGGCUAUAGAUUUUGGAUCAGAUUUUGAAAAUUUGUGUUCAAAUAUCUGUUUGGCCAUGGAAUUUGAUUAGAUUUUGAAAAUUUAUUUUUCAAGUUCCAAGAACUGGCUCAGACUAGUUUUCUAUUCACUUUCGCUCACAAAAAUUCGAUAUUUAGCUAAGUAAAAUGCAUGUCCAGACAAAACUUUAAAUUCCACAAAAAUCACAACUUCGAAAACUCAAAUUUUCAAAUUUCAACUACAAAUUCUAUGGCCAAACGGGAGCAAAGUGAUUUGGCAGUUGUUGGAAAAACUGGUGCUUUUUUUAAAAGGGCUUAACAAUUGAUAUAUGUUAUUGCAAUUAUUAUUAGGUUCCAGUCAAGACCCUUCUAAUAGAUGGCAAUUGUCGGGUGGAGAAUCGCUGCUUGAAGACCCAACAUGGGCAUAUGGUCUGUGUCUUAUCAAUAUACAACAAGAGAGAGAAGAAUAAUCGAAUGACGAUGGCAGCUUUCAACAUUCAGGAGGGACUUAUUUGGAAAGAAAAGAUCGAAUCGGUGAUUGAUCAGGUUAUUUCUUCAUCUUUUCUGUCUGUUAAGUCUCCCGUCUGUUAUGUCUUCUUUAGACAUACAUUCUCCCCCCACCUCCUCCUUUUCUCCAGAUAUGGAUGGAGGUUGUAACAUGUUGACAGUGUGCAGCAUCAAGAGUCACAAGGUGCUAGUGGUAAUAAGUACAUUUCCUUUGAGUACAAAUCUGGAAUGGAUAGUGGUAGGAACGGCUCUUCAUCUGAUCGUGAAAGCCAGUACAGUCUUUUGGCUUAACACUUCAGCUUUCACGAAUUCAAUGCUUCUUCAAUUUUGUAGGUUUAGUGCUGGUGAGGAUGAAGAUGAUUCUCAUGCAAACUUGCUGCGAAGAACAACAAUUGGAAAUGGUCUCCCUGAGUCUGUGGUUGACUGGACAAAGGAAUUAGAUUCAGAUUUGUCAAACCAGAAUUCUAGCAAUCAAGCUUUCUCGAGAAAGUACUGGCAUUUACUUCAAUGCCAAAACGGGCUUCGCUUAUUUGAAGAGCUUCUGGAUGUUGAUUUUCUACCAAGGAGCUGCAGUAGAGCCAUGAAGGCUGUUGGGGUUGUGGAGGCUAGUUGUGAAGAAAUAUUUGAGCUUGUGAUGAGCAUGGAUGCAAUAUGUUUUGAGUGGGACUGCAGCUUCCAGUAUGGUAGUCUAGUCGAGGAGGUAGAUGGACACACAGCAAUACUAUAUCACAGACUGCAAUUGAAUUGGUUCCCGAUGUUUGUAUGGCCUCGUGAUCUUUGUUAUGUACGAUAUUGGCGUCGAAAUGAUGAUGGAAGCUAUGGUGGUGGAUACAAUAUUUCUCCUCUCAAACCUCGUAAUGGGAGGCCCAGGACACAAGUCCAACAUCUAAUGCAGAUUGAUGUGAAAGGGUGGGGUGUUGGCUAUAUCUCAUCCUUUCAGCAGCAUUGUCUGUUUCAGAUGUUAAACAGUGUUGCUGGACUUCGCGAAUACUUUUCCCAAACUGAUGAAAGGGCUGCUGCUCCAAGAAUACCAGUUAUGGUUAACAUGACGUCAGCAUCUAUCUCUUCCAAGAAGAGUCAAAAUGAACAAGAGGCUUCUAAUCAACGUACUGCGUCUGUAGACAUAGUACAUGCUGCAAAUAGAAAUGCUUCAAUGAUUGAUGAAUUCUCUGAUGAAGAUGAAGAUUCGCAAGGGGCUGAUCAGGAGGUAAUUCCACCCAGCUCUGACAAUGAAAUGAAGAGAACUGCCCUCAAAGAACCUUUGGAGCAAAUUGAUUUGUCCAUUUUCUCGGGUAACCUUCAACGUAAUGACAAUGAUAAUGGACGUAAUUGCUGGCAAAUAUCUGAUGGAAAUAACUUUCGAGUUCGUAGCAGAAAUUUUUGUUAUGACAAAUCAGAGACUCCUGCAGGUAAACAUUUAGUGGAUCUUGUUGCGGUUGACUGGUUCAAAGAUACUAAACGCAUGGACCACGUUGCCAGGCGUCCUGGUUGUGCAGCACAAGUUGCUUCAGAGAAAGGACUGUUUUCUUUGCUGUUUAAUCUUCAAGUACCCGGAUCAACACACUACAGCAUGGUUUUCUAUUUUGUCAUGAAAGAGUUGGCACCCGAUUCUCUCUUGCAACGUUUUGUUGAUGGGGAUGAUGAUUUUCGCAACAGUAGAAUGAAGCUCCUUCCUUCUGUGCCAAAGGGCUCCUGGAUUGUGCGUCAGAGUGUUGGAAGUACACCUUCUUUACUGGGGAAAGCAGUUGAUUGCAACUAUAUCCGCGGGCCUGCCUAUUUGGAAGUUGAUAUUGAUAUUGGUUCUUCUACAGUAGCAAAUGGCGUUCUCGGGCUUGUGAUUGGUGUAAUUACGACAUUAGUAGUUGAUAUGGCUUUUCUUGUACAGGCCAACACCCCUGAUGAGUUGCCAGAGCGGCUUAUAGGUGCUGUUCGUGUUUCUCAUGCAGAAUUAUCAUCAGCUAUUGUCCCAAAACUGGCUCCUGACACACCAUCAUAGGUCAAUCUUGACACCCAUCAACUAUCACAGGAAUUGAUUUUUGAAAUAUAUACACACAUCCAUGUUAGUCGAUUCAUAUUUUUCAUUCACUAGUUUCUCAAGAUUUUCCAGUUUUGAGAAACAUUAGAUGGAGGUAAACUUUUCCUCUUUUUUUUUGUUGUUUCGGGUUAGUUGUUCCUCUUGCCUU